GCUGCGGGUAAACUUUGGUGAUUCUGGAGAAGGAAGUUGCAAUUCUUUCAAUUUUGUAUGAUUUAACACAACCAUGGGCAACAAAAACUCAUGUCAAAACGAACCGGAGAAAGAAGAGAGAACCGUCUUUAAAUCCCACCAGGGAGUCGUGUACAGGAUUCCUGCUCUUUUCUACGACAGAGACAACAAAAUCCUCAUGGCAUUUGCAGAGAAACGCAGGACUUCAGAUGAUACCAGCUCAGUGGCGCUGGUCAUGACGACAGGAACAGUGAACAAGGAUGAAAGGACGAUUAAGUGGUCCCCUCUGAAACCGGUGAAGGAGGCACACCUUGAUGGACACCGUCCUAUGAACCCCUGCCCACUUUAUGAGAAGACCAGCAAAACGCUCUUCCUGUUUUUCAUCUGUGUUGAGGGCACUGUCUCAGAGGGCUGGCAGAGAUGUUGGGGCUGUAACAAGGCUCGUCUCUGUUACGUUACAACCAAUGAUGCCGGCCAAAGUUGGAGUGAUGUUACCGAUUUGACUGACUCGCUGGCUGAAAUCAAGCACUGGGCUACAUUUGCUGUCGGCCCGGGUCGUGGUAGAAUGACAGUCCCAGUUUACGCUUAUGCUUCUCGCUCCUGCUCAUGCUGUUCUGUAGCAUGUUAUUGCUCUAAACCAUUUGCGCUCUCCCUGUAUAGUGACGAUAAGGGCAGUACAUGGCAAUUUGGCCAAAUGCUUGAAAAUGAGUCCCUUGAAUGUGAAAUGGCAGAGUAUUUUGAUAAAGCAGACAAAAGCUUUGUUUACUGCAAUGUUCGUGCUCAGGGAGGCUAUCGAGAGGAAGCGGUCAGCACAAAUAAUGGAGAUGAUUUUUCCAAACUGAGCUGUGCUAAAAAGCUUGAUGAAACAGGUGGAGGCUGUCAAGGAAGUGUGGUGUCCUUUCCAGCUCAAAGUGAAGCUGAGAAUACGGAGGGUGACCCAGACCAGGGCACAAACAAGUGGCUGCUCUUCAGCCACCCGAGCAAUAAGCACAAGAGGAUUAAUUUAGGGGUGUAUCUGAACAGAUCUCCAGCUGAACAAAAUGCAAGUGCAUGGAGCAAACCCUGGGUCAUUAACUGUGGACCCAGUGGUUAUUCAGACCUGGCUUACAUUGAUGGCGGCUGGUUUGCGUGUCUUAUGGAGCGUGGGAAGCAUUAUGAAACCGAACAGAUCGCCUGCAAGCUUUUUAGCUACACUGAGGUCAAACAUGGCAUUGGAGAGUAAAAGUCUAUUGCUCUUUCUUCACAUGACACUUUUCAUGUUCUAUAUCAUCAUGUUUUCCUCCUAACGCGAGAAAGUAACCUUAUGUGUUAUACAAGUAACACCACUGCACUGAAAUCCAUUUACAACUGCUGAAUAUAUUAGAAUCACUCUUGCAUCUGUUAACCCUUCGAAACCUGAGCAAAUUGGCUUGAUUUCUUUCAGAAGCAUAGGAAGAAGUUACAAAUUAUAAGUAACAACAAAAUUA